ACUUUUCGCACAUUGUUAAACCGCGGCUGAAACCACUGUCGCACGAACUCGGUGCAGGUCUUCUCUCUCUCUCCCUCUUCGGUCUUUUCUUAAUAUUUAGUACGACGGAUGGAUCUGCACUUAGGCGUCUAAGUCCAACCCAAAGUGUCCCCAGAAGAGGCCGUCCCCUGAUCAGGUAAUUUCCCAACAUAUAAAACCAUGAUUCCUGCUCAGAGGAGCAAACUGCAUUGUGCACAUCCUCCAUUUCUUGUGAUUAGUAGGACGCAUAUACACAUAUUCGCACCUCAAAUGGAGCGAAGGUUGCUUGGAGCAGCUCAAAAGGGCAAUGUCGAUGAGCUGAUCAACUUGAUCAGAAGCAAUGGGCUCAUCCUCGAGGAGGUGGCUCUCGAAGGAGCUGGUCACACACCGUUGCACGUCGCUUGUGUGGCCGGCCAUUUGAAUUGCGUCCGAGAGCUCCUGAAGUUGAUGCCGAAGUUCACGGAAAAAGUGAAUGCGGAUGGCUUCAGUCCUUUGCACAUUGCGGCAGCUCAAGGUCAUGUUGAGAUCGCGAGCGAGCUCUUGAGAGGGCGUCAACACCUGUGCUCUGUGAAGGGAAGGGAGAGAAGAGUACCUUUGCAUUACGCUGUCGUGAACGGGGAGCUCGAAGUCAUGAAGGUACUGCUCUCCGCUUCGCCUGAGUCCGUUGAAGAGACAACUGCCCGUGAGGAGACGGCGCUUCACCUCGCCGUGAACAACAACCGGUUUGAUGCGGUGGUUGUGUUGGUGGAGCAUCUGAAGCAGCACAACAAGGAGCAGGUGAUCAAUUGGAAGAACAAGAAGGGCGAUACAGUCUUGCACCUUGCUGCCGCCGCCAAAAAUUUCGAGGUGGUUGACUUCAUUCUUUGUGGGCAUGCUCUGGAGUUCGGGAUCGUGGAGGUGAACGCCUUGAACAAGAGUGGCUCAACCACUCUCGAUGUCUCAUCUCGCUCUGAUCGAGAGAUUAGAGAAAUCCUCGUGCGAGCCGGAGCCAAACACGGACAAUCAAACUUGCCCCCAUCACAAAUAGUCCUGGUGGACAGCGAUGGAGAUGAUAUCGAGGGAGCUACCAGCUAUCAAUCAGUCGUGAAACCUGCAGUCAAAAAUGAUCAUCCACCAUUAUCACUAUCAAAAGAUUCAAACCAAGGACUAGAGUCGUCAGGCGAUUUACACAGCGACUUGCUAGUUGUAGCCGUUCUCAUAGCAAGCGCAACCUAUCAAGCAGUGCUUCAGCCUCCAACCUUUCUUAAACAAGUCGAAAUUGGUACCAAGCAAGGCUUCCUUGCAUCAUACUCAUCUUUCCUGACAAGUACCACCGGGAGGAAUUUGGCUUUAUUAUCCUUCCUGAGCAGCAACACAUUCGGAUUCUUGCUUUCUGUUCAGACGAUCAUCGGUCUCACGAAAGAUCGUCCGCUGAAGUUGCCGCUGAUGCUCUCCACAUUGGCGAUGGUUUGGACUUACCUUAGCUGCAUGGUGAACGUGCCGUCCAGGUCGUUACUGGAUGAAAACUUCAGUCUUGUAGGAGCAGCAUUGAUAGGCACACUGGCGAUCCUGAUACCAGUUGUUCUUCUAUUGAUACAGAUUAAAAUAGCACGAUAUUUAGGUAAGGGGAUAGAAUUUCUUUCCCGGAUUAAUAUCCUAUGUCUUGGGGAUCAUCUGCCCCCAAGGUCUGGGCAAACAAAUCCAAACAGUAUGCAGCGCCCAAAUGGGGUUUAUCGACAACGCCAUGCAUCGAUCUGAUACCCUUGGUUCUCUCCAGUCGAUCAUGUAAUGUCCACGGAUGAUUCGCCCUAAUCUUGUUUUUCUUAUUGAAUGUGUCCUGACCUUGUAGUGGGUUUGUAUUUUAUUUUCUUAAGGGAAAGGUUAUGUUGCUACCAGGCAGCAGUGCUAACAUUGCUCCUCAACUCUGAUUCGUCUGUUUCAUGAGAGUUAAUAGUAGGAUUAUACUAGAGAUAGAUUCAAAAGAUCUGUGACUAAUCCCAUGAAGGAAUCAAA